CUGGAAAGGCAGGGGGAAUGUGAAUGGCUCUUCUGGCUUGGGAAAGUGUCCACGGACUGGGGUGCUACAGACUACAAAACAGCUUGGACAACCUCCAGAUUCCCCGCCUCUCAGUGGAACCCAGAGUAAGCAAUUCCCAGACUCAGCUACGCAGUCAAACUAGCCUGAUGGCAUGCUGCAGCCAACCUCAGCUCAGUGUCUGGAUGAAAUAAAGACCUUGCAAGGAGAGCAGUUUUUUUGUGCAGUAUACUCAGAGGUGCACUGCGUAAUGUCUAUGCUGUACUACACUCUGAUUAUAGCUUGUUUGAUCGGCACACAGGCAGCUCCAAAGUCAGAGGACAAUGCUCCACUGGAGUACCCCACAGAACACUCCCUGCUCAAUGCCCACUGGAGUAACAGACACCACAUUCCCAAGGCAAGUUCAAAGAUAUCCCACGGCCACUCUACUUGGACAACAGGUGGAAGAGAAGCUAUAAAUACCACCAUGGAUCCAAAAGUUUUUAAGAAGAGGCGUUUCCGGUCUCCUCGGGUGCUGUUCAGCACACAGCCCCCCCCAGUGUCAGGGCAAGGACAGAACACAGAAUUUCUCAGCAGUGCAGAUUCUCUCAACAGGACUGCCAGAACCAAGAGGGGUGCACAUCCCAUCUUACACCGGGGAGAGUUCUCUGUGUGUGACAGUGUCAGCAUGUGGGUUGGGGACAAAACCACAGCCACUGACAUUAAAGGCAAAGAGGUGACAGUGUUGGGAGAGGUGAACAUUAACAACAAUGUUUUUAAGCAGUACUUUUUUGAGACCAAGUGCAGGGACCCUAAGCCAGUCUCCAGCGGAUGCCGAGGGAUCGAUGCAAAGCACUGGAACUCUUACUGCACCACAACACACACCUUUGUCAAGGCGCUGACGAUGGAGGGCAAGCAAGCAGCCUGGCGGUUUAUUCGAAUUGACACAGCCUGCGUGUGUGUGCUCAGCCGUAAGUCAGGGAGACCCUGAGAUGGAUCUAAACCCCAUGACAACAUCCUUCUACCCCCCUACCUCAGUCUGUAAAUUAUUUUAAGUUAUAAAGGACUGCAUGGUAUAUUUAUAGUUUAUACAGUACAGAAAGAACCUCAUUAUUUAUUAAACUCUUUUGGAAACCU